CGAGUGUGCCAUCUGCCUUAUGUACGAGGACACUGCAUAUUGAUGGAAGAACAGCAGCAAGUCUUUUCCAAGUCAACGCUUGGGCGGGUCCGGAAUCCACCGGUGGCUCUCACAGUACAAUCACACACCAAUCAUCCGAGUGAGGUCGAUUCAUUCCACGACGAUAACCAUUCUUCAUUUGUAGCUACCUCCUUCGGAACACCAGCCAUGCCGUCCUCUCAGUCCCGCCGCGGCCGUCUCCUCGUCCUCCUCGCCGCGGUGGUGGCGAGCCUCUCCACCAUUGCAACCUCCACGGACACCACGAACGCGUUCACGUCGCUCGACUGCCCCUCGCCGCCGCCUUCGCCGUCACCCUCGCCACCGCCGUCCUCCAUCAACAGCACGUUCCAGUCCAACGUGUUCGCGCUCCUGGACGCGCUCCCGUCCGCGGCCGGGCCCACGGGGUUCGCGUCCCUGUCCCGUGGCGAGGGAACUGACCGCGCCUUCGUCCGGGGCCUCUGCCGCGGCGACUCAGCUCCCGACGACUGCGCUACGUACCUCCGGAGCGCCGUGCUCGACAUCAACGGCCACUGCAACAGCAACCGCCGCGCCGCCAUCUGGUACGACAAGUGCUUCCUCAGCUACGCCGACACCAACGAGUCCACGGCCUACGAGGAAGGCUUCCGGAAUGAGUUCUACAACUACCGGAACGUCUCCGACAAGGACGCCUUCGAGAGGACGUACUACGCGCUGAUGAGACGCCUCUCCGCGCGCGCCGUCAAUGGCACGCCGGAGUCAGCGUCGGUGGCGCCGAUGUUCGCGACAGGGGAAGCAGUGUACGACCGCAGGGCACCCAACGGCACCAUGUACGGGCUGGUGCAGUGCAUGAGGGACCGGACGGCGGCGGAGUGCGACCGGUGCUUGCGGGACUCGGUGCAGCAGCUGCCAAGCUGCUGCUAUGGGCACCAGGGAGGGGUGGUGCUCGGAUACAACUGCUACCUGCGUGUGGAAAUAUACACCUACUAUAAUCUCGCGCUCAACGCGCCGCCCGCUCCGCCGCCUCUGGCUCCAUCUCCGUCCAGCUUCAUCGGAGAAAGGCGUGGAAAGAAGCAGACAGAUGUGGCCCUUGCCAUCGCCCUUCCAGUUGGAACAGUACUUGUCGUCACCUUCCUUGCCGUUAUUUUCUUGUUCAAGAGAACGAGACAGGCCAGUCGGGAGAAAACACCGCCAGACAGCAGCAGCAAAGAAGAGGACCUCAGCUAUGUUGACCCAGAGCAACUUAACCUACCGGCGUUAAGAGCUGCAACAAAUAACUUCUCCGAAGAAAACAAACUUGGAGAGGGAGGCUUUGGAGAAGUGUUUAAGGGUACAUUACAAGAUGGGAAAGAGAUAGCAGUGAAGAGGCUUUCCAAGCACUCAUCGCAGGGUUUCCACGAGCUCAAGAACGAGCUCGUGCUGGCUGCCAAGCUCGAGCACAGGAACCUGGAGCGGCUCCUGGGCGUGUGCCUGCGAGAAGAGAAGCUGCUUGUCUAUGAAUACAUGCCCAACAGAAGCCUAGACACCUACCUUUUCGAUCCAGUGAAACGGCAGAUACUGGAUUGGAGCAAACGGCUCGCGAUCAUCUGUGGUAUCGCGCGGGGACUCCUCUAUCUCCAUGAGGAGUCCCGGCUUAAGAUCAUCCACAGGGAUCUGAAGCCGAGCAAUGUGUUACUUGAUGCGGAUAUGAACCCCAAGAUCUCAGACUUCGGCCUCGCUAGAGCGUUCGGAGGAGACCAGUCCAGAGAUAUUACAAGGAGGCCCGUCGGAACUCUGUAUGGGGCAAGUGGAGGACGGGAUCCGCCGCCGACGUCGUUGACCCAUCGCUGGCCGGGCAGUACUCUGAAGGCGAGAUCCUCAACUGCGUCGACGUCGGGCUGUUGUGCGUCCAGGAGAACCCGGCGGACCGGCCGGACGCCUCUACAGUGGUGCUCAUGCUCAGCAGCCCGACCUCCACGUCCGAUGACAGGCGAACCCCCUCCAGGCCUGCCUUCGUCUUCGGCUCCGGCCUCAGCACUGCCUCGGAUCACCCAACGGUCGGUGCUUGGACAUCCGACAGAGUGCUGAUCAACGACAAGCAGCCGUCGACAGCCCCGGUCUCGGAGAAUGAGGUGACCAUCUCGGAGCUUCAGCCAAGGUAGGUAUGUGUACAACUGGGUGCGGAGUAUCACUGUAUCAGCAGCUAGCUGUGCCUGCUUCAGUGUUCUAUCUUUUCUCUAGUCUCACGAAUCUUAAAGCAUCUAGUAAGUUUACUGUAAGGCCAAGGAUGGUAAAGAAAAUAAUGUAAACAGAGUCAGAUUGAUAUAUGUUAGACUGUUACUGUCAAGUAUAUUUUUUUGAGGGCAA